UUAUUAUCCAAACAAAGCCACGCAUUGAGCGAGAGCGAGAGACAAAGGAAAGAAAUGGCUUGUCAUCUCCUGGGGACCGACUUCACUCUCCCUCUCAAAAGCUCCAAGUUUUCUCACUUGCAGCGAAAAGGAAACUCUAACGGGUUACAGAAAGUUCCUGCAACUGUUGCUUGCUAUGGACUAAAGAAUCCUCCUUAUAACCUUGAUGGUUUAGAACCAUGUAUGAGUAAGAGGGCAUUAGAGGUGCAUUGGGGUGUGCAUCAUCGUGGCUUUGUGGAUGACCUGAAUAAACAGCUUGGCAAAAGUGAUAUACUGUAUGGCUACACUAUGGAAGAACUUGUCAAAGCAACAUACAACAAUGGGAACCCCAUACCUGAAUUCAACAACGCAGACAAGGAUCAACACUUGAGCUUACAAUUGCAAGUGUGGAGCCAUUACUUGUUUUGGGAGUCUAUGCAACCUGGAGGUGGGGGCAUGCCCAAACUUGGUUUACUUGAACAGAUUGAAAAAGAUUUUGGGUCGUUCACAAACUUCAGAGAGAAGUUUAUGGAAACAGCUCUCUCACUAUUUGGCUCGGGUUGGGUUUGGGUUGUUUGUAAGUCCUUUCUUGAGUUAAUUUCUGUUUGAUUAUCGAUGAACUAU